UGACGUACUUUUUUUUAUUCCGUCUUCAUUUCACUUAUUUCCCCUUUCUUUACCUUAAAGGCAUUGGCACUGACUUUAGAUAUAUACGUCUACACAUGCUUUUAGACAUGAGAGGAAGAAGAUGAAGUUGAAGAUGAAGAUUAUGGUUCUCUUCUUCUACUACUGUUACAUUGGUUCUACUUCCUCUGUUUUAGCUUCCAUCGACAAUGUCAACGAGCUCUCUGUUUUGCUCUCGGUAAAAUCAACUCUUGUGGAUCCUCUCAACUUUCUCAAAGACUGGAAGCUUUCAGAAACUGGCGAUCAUUGUAACUGGACCGGUGUUCGGUGCAACUCCCAUGGCUUUGUUGAGAAGCUCGACCUGUCGGGGAUGAAUCUCACGGGUAAAAUCUCAGAUUCGAUCAGACAGCUGACAAGCCUUGUUUCGUUUAACAUCUCAUGCAACGGAUUCGAGUCGCUGCUCCCGAAAUCGAUCCCUCCGUUGAAAUCUAUAGACAUCAGCCAGAAUUCAUUCUCAGGGAGUCUUUUUCUAUUUGGAAAUGAAUCACUUGGGCUCGUUCAUCUCAAUGCUUCAGGGAACAAUCUCAUUGGAAAUCUCACGGAGGAUCUCGGGAACUUAGUCUCUUUAGAAGUUCUUGAUCUCCGAGGGAAUUUCUUUCAAGGGUCACUUCCAAGUUCAUUCAAGAAUCUACAGAAGCUGAGAUUUCUCGGAUUAUCCGGAAACAAUCUCACUGGUGAGUUACCAAGCGUUCUCGGCGAGCUCCUUUCACUUGAAACCGCCAUUCUUGGUUACAACGAAUUCAAAGGUCCGAUUCCACCGGAAUUUGGAAACAUAAUCAGCCUCAAGUACCUCGAUUUGGCCAUCGGAAAGCUCAGUGGUGAGAUUCCGUCGGAGCUCGGGAAGCUCAAGUCACUCGAGACGCUUCUCCUGUAUGAGAACAACUUCACCGGAAAAAUCCCAAGAGAGAUCGGAAACAUUACCACACUAAAGGUUCUUGAUUUCUCCGAUAAUGCCUUAAUCGGCGAGAUUCCAAUGGAGAUAACCAAGCUGAAGAAUCUGCAGCUACUGAACCUGAUGCGCAACAAACUCUCCGGCUCCAUUCCUCCCGGGAUCAGCAAUCUAGAGCAGUUACAAGUCCUCGAGCUCUGGAACAACACACUCUCCGGCGAGUUGCCAAGCGAUCUUGGGAAGAAUUCUCCAUUACAAUGGCUUGACGUUUCUUCAAACUCCUUCUCAGGCCAGAUUCCUUCGACCCUAUGCAACAAGGGAAAUCUAACCAAGCUCAUUCUGUUCAACAACACCUUCACCGGUCAGAUUCCAGCGACUCUAUCCACUUGCCAGUCACUAGUUCGUGUCAGGAUGCAAAACAAUCUACUAAACGGUUCAAUUCCCAUCGGCUUUGGCAAGCUUGAGAAGCUACAAAGACUCGAAUUAGCCGGAAAUCGUAUCACCGGAGGGAUCCCGGGAGACAUCUCGGAUUCAGUUUCGCUUUCUUUCAUUGAUUUCUCAAGAAACCAGAUCCGAUCAUCUCUCCCUUCCACAAUCCUUUCAAUUCACAAUCUCCAGGCGUUUUUAGUCGCCGAGAACUUUAUCUCCGGCGAAGUUCCAGACCAAUUCCAGGAUUGUCCUUCACUCUCGAAUCUCGAUCUUUCAUCAAACACUCUCACAGGAACUAUCCCUUCCAGCAUUGCUUCAUGCGAGAAGCUCGUAAGCCUCAACCUAAGAAACAACAACCUCACCGGCGAGAUCCCUAGACAGAUCACGACAAUGUCUGCAUUAGCCGUGCUCGAUCUCUCCAACAAUUCCUUAACCGGAAUACUCCCAGAGAGCAUCGGAACAUCUCCAGCUCUGGAACUCCUAAACGUCUCCUACAACAAGCUCACAGGUCCAGUCCCUAUCAACGGCUUUCUCAAAACCAUAAAUCCAGAUGAUCUAAGAGGAAACUCCGGUCUCUGCGGCGGCGUUCUUCCACCGUGUAGCAAAUUCCAAGGAGCAACAUCAGGUCACAAGAGCUUCCACGGGAAACGAAUUGUCGCCGGAUGGUUAAUUGGGAUAGCAUCGGUUCUAGCUCUAGGGAUUCUCACCAUUGUUGCCAGAACUCUAUACAAAAGAUGGUAUUCAAACGGAUUCUGCGGCGACGAGACGGCGAGUAAAGGUGAAUGGCCUUGGAGAUUAAUGGCGUUUCAUAGACUAGGAUUCACAGCUUCUGAUAUCUUGGCAUGUAUCAAAGAAUCGAACAUGAUCGGAAUGGGAGCUACAGGAAUCGUAUACAAAGCAGAAAUGUCACGAUCGAGCACAGUGCUGGCCGUGAAGAAGCUUUGGAGAUCCGCCGCCGAUAUCGAAGAUGGAACCACCGGAGAUUUCGUCGGCGAAGUAAACCUCCUCGGGAAAUUGAGACACAGAAACAUCGUGAGGCUCUUAGGGUUCUUAUACAACGACAAAAACAUGAUGAUCGUAUACGAAUUCAUGCUCAACGGAAACCUCGGCGACGCGAUUCACGGCAAAAACGCCGCCGGGAGGCUUCUCGUCGAUUGGGUUUCGCGUUACAACAUCGCGUUAGAGUAUGGAUACACAUUGAAGGUUGAUGAGAAGAUAGAUAUAUACAGUUACGGCGUCGUAUUGUUGGAGCUGUUAACCGGAAGAAGACCAUUGGAGCCGGAGUUUGGAGAAUCAGUAGACAUUGUGGAGUGGGUGAGAAGGAAGAUAAGAGACAACAUAUCACUAGAAGAAGCAUUAGAUCCUGAUGUAGGAAACUGCAGAUAUGUUCAAGAAGAGAUGCUUUUAGUUCUACAAAUCGCUCUUCUAUGCACCACGAAGCUCCCGAAAGACAGACCUUCGAUGAGAGACGUGAUAUCGAUGCUCGGAGAGGCUAAACCGAGGAGGAAAAGUAACAGUAAUGAAGAGAACACUAGUCGUAGCUUGGCCGAGAAACAUACAUCGGUUUUUAGUACUUCACCUGUAAAUGGCCUUCUUUAGGAUUGAGAUGAAAGAAUCAAAAGAGGCCGAUAAACUGAUUCGUUCGAUUCGUGUUCUGUAUGUAGAAGAAAGAGAGAGAGAGAUCUGUAUCUUUUGAUUUAAUUAUUCCAUGUAGAAUAACUUUCCUUUGUUUUA